AUGCCAGUACACAGGAAGUGCUGCCUUGCAAAUAACCUCAGAGACUACUCCAAGAAGAAAAAACCGCAGAGCAGUGCACCUGAGUCUCAGCAUCCCAUCCUUUCUACCAAGAUCCUGCCUGCCUUUCCUGCCAGAAACCAGCCUGAUCCCACUGAAGAUGACCUCACCACUUCCAGCAGCUCUGAAAUUGGUGAUUUCGAUAUUGACCUGGAAAGCAGUAGUUGGAGCAAGUCUGAUGUUGAGGAUUUGGAUGAAAGCUGCAAUGGCACCUCUUACUCAAGCCUCCCACUGGCUGCACGCGUAUCUAGGGCUCAAGAUGUCCUAUCAGAACUGAUGAAUAAAUGCGGUGCAGAAACAAAGUCCGAUAUGCCAGAACAAUGA